CAAUAAAACAUUGAGCUUCGCAAACUCCUCUCAAACACUCCUCAACUCCAACAUUUGCCUUUAGAAAUGGCAGAAACAGUGCUCUUUAGCCUCGCCACUGACAUACUGAAAGGCCUUGCCAUCGAAAUGGUGAAACCUGGGAGUUCCUUCGCUUUUCGAGAGAUUCAGUCGCUCUGCGGUGCCAAGGACGAGCUCCAAAGUCUUAAGGACACCGUAGAGACCAUUCAAUCUGUGCUUUUGGAUGCCGAGAAGCAGCAAUGGCACAAUGACCAGGUCAGGACCUGGCUCAAGAGGCUCAAAGCUGUGUUUUAUGAGGUACAGGACUUGCUCGAUGAUGUUGCAACUGAAGAUCUGAGGAGAAACGUCACUUCCGGCAACAAGAUGUCGAAAGAGGUUUAACGUGUUUGCCAGACGGGAUGCGCCACCUCACCUCAUUGAAGAAAUUGACAAUCGUUCAAUGUCCCGCUUUGGAAGAAAGGUGCCAAAGAGAAAGGACUCUUUCAUGUCUAUCAUUUGAAUUAGAUGUAUAAUUCCAAUUGAAGAAUUGCUUGUAUCUCUACUUUUGUUUGAGAAGAUGAAAAACCUUAAGUAGGUACAAGAAAGCACUAUCACUUCGGUGUGUAAA